GGAGAAAGCAGGUCAAUUGAUUUUCCAGUGAAAAUCUACACAUAUCACUUCGCUUCCCCACGACGACAAAACUAAUGGCUGCUGCUUCCAUUAGUACGACCUUCCUCCCCCUCUACAAACCCAUCAAAUCCUUCGUAUCCACUUCACAAACACCUAAAUGCUUCCCCAAAACAAAGCACGGCGCCAACACCGGUAUCGUUUGGGCGGUUUCCAAGGAGCAAGAUGUGAUUCCCGUACAGAGUAAUAACUUUACGGAUCAUCAAGUUGGUAUCCUGGUGAGUGAAAUUGAGAAGGAGGUUGAAGGUGGAAAAGGCGUUCAAUUUAUUGGUGGGUUCGGUGGUAGUGAAGGAAUAUUGUCUUUUGAAGGUGGGUUUUCGUCUGCGAGCACUUCCGGUGAUGGAAAUCAGGUAGUCGAAGGUGAAAAUAUCGAUAAAUUGAUUGAUAGAACAAGUAACACCACCAUUGUUCUUGCCGCUGGCACUUUCGGUAUUACCAAAUUGCUCACCAUCGAUUAUGAUUACUGGCAUGGAUGGACCAUAUUUGAAAUAUUGAGAUGUGCACCACAACACAACUGGAGUGUAUACGAAGAAGCUCUAAAAGAAAACCCACUUUUGGCAAAGAUGAUGAUAAGUGAAGUUGUAUAUUCAAUAGGCGAUUGGAUUGCACAGUGCUGUAAAGGUAAACCAUUGUUGGAGUUUGAUCGCACCCGCAUGUUUAGAUCUAGCCUUUUUGGCUUCACUCUACAUAGAUCCCUUUCUCACUACUACAAUUAUUUCUGUGAUAAUGUUAUGUUGUUGCUAUAUUCAUUUCAGGUUAAGUGA